AUGAGAAAGCUCCUCAACGUCAACCUUGAUGGCCUCUCGCUUUUGCAGCCUGAAUUGCCUACACCGACGCCAUCUCCUCCGACGAUCACCCCAUUCGUGAUCCCCGAUUUCACUGCGCAUAUCUUCUCUUCUGCCACCGUUUCCAGGAACGUGUUCGACGUAACAGCGCUUUGUUUCAUCUCCGCCCUCCUCAUCCUCUCCUCCGUCGCUAUCGCCUUCAUUUUCUACCUCCGGUUGAGAUCGCAGCGUCUACAACAUCUCGAGAAUUUCAAUUCCAUCUGGACCGUCAGAUUGCUCCUCGUGUCGCUGGCCUCCGUUUGGGCGGCCAAUGAAGUUCUCCGCCUACCGUUUGUUCGUAAACAUUACCUCUACCCUUUCGAGCUGACACUCGUCGAACAAGCCAAUAUCUGCAAACUUCACGUCGUUCUCUCUCUCGGAUUCUUCGAACCCGGUUUCUUGAUCACCCUUUUGUUCCUCGUCAACGUCUCGAUCAAGAAACGAAAACCAAGUCGACUAUGGGCGCUUGUGUUCUUGUUGAUGAUUUGUUUCCCGCUCACGUUGCUGCAGUUAUUCUUCGUAGUUUUCACGCCAUUUGAGGGGAAAAUGCCAAAGUUCUUGCACGGGAGCUUCGUCCUCGGCGACGAUGUCUACGGCGCGAAAACGGUUCUCUGCGUCUACCCCUUCUUCAGCUGCGUGAUCUUCGGAGGUUUCACGAUCGCGUACUCGAUGGCGUUCUUGCUCUCCUGCUGGCGGGUGAUGGCCUUCGUGAUCAACAAGGGAAUAAGGAUGCGGAUCAACAUCCUCGCCGCCACCGUGAUGGUGGCGCUGUCGGUGCAGGUCGCGUGCCUCAGCCUGUCGUGGCUGUGGAUGCCGGAGGAAGGAGCAUACGGGUUUGUGGUCCUGGCCAUGUUUCUUUUUGUCACGGGGUGCAUGGCGGUGGGGGAGAUCAUCUUGGUGCUUAAGCCCAUCAAAGAUGCUCUGGCGGCGGACGCCGAGUUGCAGCGGCGGGCCACGACGGGGGAAACUGAGUAUGGACCGUGCCGUUCGUAG